UGUCGAUAUUACAAAUCGUCUUCUGAUUUUCGCACUUCGUUCUGCGCAUUAUUGGAAUCACCGUUCUGUCUGAAAACCAGGUCGUUAUGACUGCUCUUAACUUGGUUAUGUGCAAACUACACUCCGUUCUGUGGUAAAAUUGGCGGGAAAUAUGGAAUUAGUCGAGGAUUCCCGAUUGACCCGUCUAGUCUUAAAGCGCGCAGCAAUGAAGGCUGCACUUGAAGAAGUUGGCCUCGGGUAUUUGUGGCACAAUUUCAGGGCCAAUAAAAUAUCAUUAGAAGAAGCCAAAAAGUUGACUGAUGAAGAACUGUCCGCCUUAGGCGUCAAUACAAUAGGAGAUCGAGUUCGAUUAAAGGAAAAAUUAAAGGAAAGUGGCGAAGGUGGACGUAGGCAGCCAGUUACUCUUGGAAAGGUGCUGAAAUUUGUUACUGGAACAGAAGAAGAGCCUGUGUUGGGAUUUUCGUUAAAGCCAUCCAUCCACUUCUCAGAAAACCAACCAUUUUUGCCAUCCGCCAAUACAUGUAUCAACCGCUUAAAUUUGACCAUUCCCUCCGAGACUGCGGCUAUUCCAAAUGACACCGAGCUGUUCAAUCUGUAUGAUUAUGCCUUCUCAAAUGACUAUUUUGGACUGCAAUAAAUUUGAUCAAAUGUGUGAGACAGGGGAUAAGAACUACUUGAGAUAAUACAGCCACGGUGUAAAUCCAGACAACCAUAGUGUAUUCAGUAUAAGUUUUCACAUUUAAUUAUUUUAUGCAUGAAUGACUAUGCACUUCAACAAAUUGGCAUUUUUACAUUCAUUUUGUAUUUGCAGUGUAAGAUACUCUUCAGAAGAAUAACGAGAUAUGGUUCUCUGUU